AUGUCCCUACCAGGGUUGGAGCUUUCACAGCAGACAAUUGAGGCCCAGAGAGCUCCACCACCGCCAACGCAGAUUACUCUUACUAAGGGCUCAGAAUGGAGAUUUGAAGUCGCGUUUGGAAAUACAACUCGGGUGAAGCUUCUCGCCGGAACCGCAGAAUUAUUUGGUACUGAGCUGGCCACAUCUCAAACAUACACAUUUUCUGGCACGAAGGCCGCAGUAUACACCUGGCAUGGAUGCACUUUGGAGGUCACAACAGGGGACCCUGUCGCCUUGGGGCCUAUUGGCAGUGCGCCGAUACCUCCUGGGCCUGGAAAUGGAGGAUGUCAAGUCGAAUAUACGGCUGAAGAAACACCUAUGGCGGAAUAUGCCAAUGUACACUUUGCGUUGGAAACCAUGAGGCAGGAGGCCAAAGCUGCGGGCAGAGAUGGGCCAAGGGUGUUGAUACUUGGGCCGGAGGAUGCGGGGAAGACCAGUCUAACAAAGAUAUUGACAGGCUAUGCGACGAAGAUGGGUGGCCAGCCGUUAGUGGUCAAUUUGGACCCAUCAGAGGGGAUGUUAAGUGUUCCUGGAGCAUUGACAGCGACUGCGUUUCGAUCAAUGGUCGAUAUUGAGGAAGGCUGGGGGAGUAGCCCUAUGUCUGGUCCUAGUCCUAUACCUGUGAAGCUGCCACUUGUUUACUUUUAUGGCCUACCAAGUCCGUUGGAUGGAGACGGCAGCUAUUACAAAGCUAUUAUAUCGAGAUUAGCGCUAGCGGUGACCGGGAGGAUGUCCGAAGAUCAGGAAACCAGAGAAACUGGGGUGAUUAUCGACACGCCUGGAAUCGUUGGUCAAGGGAAAGGCGUUUCAGAAGAUAUCAUUCAUCAUAUUGUUACAGAAUUUUCGAUUUCUACAAUUCUCGUCAUUGGGUCAGAGCGACUCUAUAGCUCAAUGGUUAAGAAUUAUGACAACAAGCCAAUCGCCACGUCAGCAACUGCUGUUGCGUCAGACGAGCGAAUUUCAGUGGUAAAGCUCACUAAAUCCGGCGGCUGCGUUGAUCGGGACGCAGUUUUCAUGAAAUAUGUCCGCGAGUCUCAGAUUAGAUCAUAUUUCUUUGGCAACCUUGUUCCUUCUACCGCAUCAUCAGCGCUCUCUCUCUCCUCCACCACCACAGGAACCACGAUAUCCCUUUCGCCACACACAUCGCAGGCUGAUUUUGAGACUUUGGCCAUAUACAACAUUAACAUCGCCACAGAUGGCGAAGAAGAUGAAUACGAUCCCUUAAAAUACUCCCUAAACGAGUCAUUUCUUCCAGGUGGAGGUAACGAGUCCGACACCAAGACCCCCGCAACCUCACUUCAACCCUUGUCAAGCCUGAUCCCGGGCUUGGGAACGGAUUACGGUCACAACUCUUCGAAUGGCUCAGCUGCGAAUAUCAGUGCGCCCUUCAAAAGGCUUCCAUCACCAGCCCCAUUAUCUCUGGAAAAUACACUUCUUGCAAUCACCCAUGCAGCUUCCAAUGCAUCACUGGAGGAGAUUCGCGAUUCUAGCGUCAUGGGAUUUAUAUACGUGGCGGAUGUAGACGAUAAAAAAGGACAAGGAGGGAAACUGAGACUAUUAGCGCCCGUUGGUGGGCGUGUGCCAAAUAGGGCAGCGAUUUGGGGGAGAAAAUGGCCCGGUGAGCUGGUAGGAUUGGUCGGAUAG